UCGGCACGAACCUAAACCCUAAAGUCUAAACCCCCCGAGCCCCAACAUGGCAAUGCGGAAGAGUUCAUAUUACUAAUUAAUCAGAAAAAAAAAGAAGAAAAGGAUAGCCAGGUCUCGGCCUUUGGAGGAGGAAGCCGGGUGGUUGGGAUGGGGCGUCCGGUGGCGGCGAAGGCGUGGCGGAUCAUCCCGCGGCCGAUCCUGGAGAGCGUGCUCAACAACCACGCGCAGCACCACCGCGUGCCGCGGCCCAUCCUCCUCCUCCACGGGCCCCGCGGCGUCGGCAAGACCUCCCUCCUCCUCCACCGCCUCCUCCCCGACUGGAACAACGGCCCCCACCUCGCCGCCUACGUCGACUUCGCAUCCGACGACGCUGCUUCGGCCGCCGCCUCCUAUCCCAACACCCCCUGGUGGGCCGCCUCCUCCUCUUCACCGCCGCGGCCCCUCGGCCACCUGCGUGCCAGUCUGGAGCGCGAGCUGGAGAGACUGGUGGACCGCGGGGUUCGCCUUGGCGCCAUCGGCAGCCGCGACGUUUUCGCCGCCCUCGACAGGUGGCACGGCCUGCACGCCGCCCUCCGCCGCGUCAUUGGCCCUGGCCUUCGCCUCUCCCCCCGGCGGGACGAGUCCGCGGCCGCUCUCUGGUCCAAGGCCGUACUCGCUUUCUCGGCGAGGAUCGGCCCAGGGGAGAUCGAUGUCGCGGCUCCUGGUGGUGGAGGGUCGCUCCGGAGGAGGUACUCGAUGGAAGAGGCGGCGUACGUGAGGGAGGCGAUGGUGGCGCUGAGGCUGGCCAAGGAGGUGAUCGGGAUGCAUCAGGAGUGGAGGAGGGAGGCGGUGCGCCAUCUCAACCGCACCGGCGGCUUCUCCAGGCCUCUCGCCAACUCCGCCACUGAUUGGCCCUACCUCCUCGUCGAGAUCCUUUCCGAGGCUGCACAGGUCGACUUCUUCCAGCCAAAGCUGGUUAUAAACAACAUUGAUGUGCUUAAGGCCACGUCGACAGAAGAUGAUUCAACUGUGUCUGCCGCGAUGUACCACGAUAGCUUCAUAUGGAGAUUGAUAGCCCUUGGUGUGAAUGAGGGAUGCUUGCCAGUCAUUCUUGUGACAUCAGAUAGUUACUAUUCCUAUCAAGCGUUCAUUGAUUUUGGAUUUCCAGACAUAUUCAUCUCCCGUGAGGCCUUUGGAUGGAGUCCUCAAGAAGCUAAGCUGCACAUGGUUUCAGAUUUCUUCAGUGAGCCCGAGUGGAAAGUGAUUGAUGAAGUUCUUGGCCCAAAUCCACGACAUAUUUCUGAACUAUAUGCGCUUAAAGGAAGCACUCAUUACCAGGAGCUUAUGCAGAAUAGCAGAAGCAGUUUUGAGGACAUUGUUGAUGCCUACUUGGCAUAUUUACAAGUGACUGUGGUGAACCCAGCCAUGGAAUCAGCAUUAGUUAUCCUGCAAAAAUUUGCUUCUGAUGCACGUGCCGGGAAAAUUCCAGAGACUCGAUUGUUUUUUGGUGCUCCUUGGAGGCAUCCACCUCGUACUGAUGAUCCUGUUGCAUCUUUGAAGUGGGCAAAGGUUCAACUCAUGGACUUUGUCCAAUCUUUUGUAAAUACGGAAUUUGGGGUGAAUUAUCUAGCUGAUGAUAGCCUCGAAAUACUGGAUGAUCCUUCUGCAGUUGCCAUGCUGGAGGUUGGUUUACUCUAUGCACAGAGAGAUCCAUCUUUCAUUCGUCCAAUUUCUAGAGGUAUUCAGAGGUGCCUUGUCAGAUGGCUUGUUCAGCAAAGGAUGCAAAUGAGCCUUCAAGAAUUUUUACUGUAUUUUUGGCAACGGAUCAUACGUGGGCGAAGCUAUCGCCAUUUGAUGAAAGAGAUAGGCUAUAAAUAGGCCAUAGAGGUAAUCUCUGAAAAAGAAUAUAAGCAAACCAGCCAUUCAUUGUCCUGGUCUCAAAAUUAUUGUUCCCUUCAUUUCCGCUGCCAUUAAAUUGUGUGCCGACAGAUGCCUGAUGGGGGCUUAUUCUUGCAGAGUUAGCUCAACCCGUUUACCAGGAUGGCAUAAGUGAGGCAGUGGCAGAACCUGUAGACUGGUGCUGAGACUGUUUCUUAAAUGGCAGCAUCUUGUAGAAGGAAUAGAGUGCAUUUUAUAUUUGUCCAUUCUUGAAACACUGCAGCUGCUCAUCUGGAGAUCAAGCAUUGAUUUCGGGAAUUAAUUUUGCAUAAAAUAGUUGUCAAAUUAUAUAUUAGUAAGAAGACAUAUGUGCAUGUAAUAAAUUGAAAGAAUAAGUUCAACAGCAACAUUUGAGACUAAGAUUACUCUGUUUUAGGAAUCAUGGAGGAUUUAGAAUCUUUUGAUGAUUUAACGCUUUGAGAUUAGUAUUUAUUAUGCUAUGUAAUGCAUGGUCAAGGAUAUUAGUUAGCUGCUGCACUAGAAAUAUUUAUUCUCAAAGCUCUUCUUCUUAGAGAAAAGGCAAAGGGGGCAGGGUGGAACAUGGUGCGCUUAUGAACCUCUGGCAGCUGGGUGUGGUAAUUGAUGUUGCCCUAAGUGAGAAUUUUCAGGAUAUUGUUGAACUGAAUCUUUUGAUGACAAGAUAUUCCACGUAAUUUAAUGAAUGGAUUAGUAUGGAGAGGAAUUAAAAUA